AUGCUGUCGCGUGGCUCUAUGAGGACGGCGCAGGUCCUGCGCGGUGCCACCACUGCCGCUGCCGGCCAGCCGCAGCAUCUCGCCGCCCGGUCCUUCGCGACGGUCCAGUCCGACAUCUUCAAGCCGGCCAAGUUCGGCGGCAAGUACACGGUGACGCUGAUCCCCGGCGACGGCAUCGGCGCCGAGGUGGCCGAGUCGGUCAAGACCAUCUUCAAGGCGGACAACGUGCCCGUCGAGUGGGAGCAGAUCGAGGUCUCGGGCAUCGACUCGGUGGGCGCGGGUCGCACCGAGGACGCCUUCCGCGAGUCGGUGGCGUCGCUCAAGCGCAACAAGCUGGGCCUCAAGGGCAUCCUGCACACGCCCAUCAGCCGGUCCGGCCACCAGAGCUUCAACGUGGCCAUGCGCCAGGAGCUCGACAUCUACGCCAGCAUCUCCCUCAUCAAGAACAUCCCCGGCUACGAGACGCGCCACAAGGACGUCGACCUGUGCAUCAUCCGCGAGAACACCGAGGGCGAGUACUCGGGCCUCGAGCACCAGAGCGUCCCGGGCGUCGUCGAGUCCCUCAAGAUCAUCACCCGCGCCAAGUCGGAGCGCAUCGCCAAGUUCGCCUUUGCGUUCGCCCUCGCCAACGGCCGCUCCAAGGUGACGUGCAUCCACAAGGCCAACAUCAUGAAGCUGGCCGACGGCCUGUUCCGCAGCACCUUCCACUCGGUCGCCAAGGAGUACCCCACGCUCGAGGUCAACGACAUGAUUGUCGACAACGCCUCCAUGCAGGCCGUCUCGCGCCCCCAGCAGUUUGACGUCAUGGUUAUGCCCAACCUGUACGGCGGCAUCCUGUCCAACAUUGGCGCCGCCCUCGUCGGCGGGCCCGGCAUCGUCCCCGGCUGCAACAUGGGUCGCGACGUGGCCGUCUUCGAGCCCGGCUGCCGCCACGUCGGCCUCGACAUCAAGGGCAAGGACCAGGCCAACCCCACGGCCCUGAUCCUCUCGGGCAGCAUGCUGCUGCGCCACCUGGGCCUCGACGACCACGCCAACCGCAUCUCCAAGGCCGUCUACGGCGUCAUUGCCGAGGGCAAGGUCCGCACGCGCGACAUGGGCGGCGAGUCCACGACGCACGAGUUCACCAAGGCCAUCCUCGACAAGAUGGAGACCAUCUAA